AUGGGCUCUAUCGAAGAAGAGCGGGACGAGUAUACGGUGCUCGUGACGGGCUUUGCGCCGUUCCGGGACGAAUACCCGGCGAACCCAUCGUGGGAGAUUGCGAGCAGGCUGCCGGCCUAUCUGCCAGCAGCAGCGUUGCCGUCGUCGACAGCCGACCAGGAAGGAUUCCCGCCGGUGCGCAUCGUCGUGUAUCCUGAGCCGAUCCGGGUGGCAUUCCGAACGGUGCGUGACCUGGUGCCGAAGCUGUGGGACGGCCGGACGGUGAAGCUGAGCGGCGGUGGCGCCUUUACGCCGCCACGGCGCAUCGACCUGAUGCUGCACAUCGGCAUGGCCGGCCCGCGGCUGCACUACUCCAUCGAGCGCAUCGGUCGCCGUGACGGCUACCGCAUCGCCGACGUCGACGACUGCCUGCCAACGGUCGACAGCACGAAUCGGCAGUGGGCUUGGUAUGGCGUGCCGCCGUCGCUGGAGUCGCAUCUCGACCUCGACGACGUGCUGCCGCGCUGGCGGGCUGCUGUUGCCGCCGUGUCGCCGGAGUCGCCGCCGGACCUGCGUGUCUCUAUCGAUGCCGGCCGCUACCUCUGCGACUUUACCUACUUCUCGUCGCUGGCCCAUCUCUACCGCCGUGGACGCGGCGAUCCCGUCAUCACCAACGACCAGGUCACCCUGCCCGAUCCCGACAGCCGCCUCCGCGUCGCCUUUCUGCAUGUGCCCGCGUCGGCCGCGCCCGAGCGCAUCGCUACCGGCCGUGCCGUCGUCGUCGAGCUGCUCCGGGCCCUCGUCGCCUCCGACCUGGCCGCCCGCGCGAUGACUCAACCUGUGGUCGUGACCGCCAAGCGGGGGAAGCAGCGGAUCGUACAGGCCGACGACGACGCCCCCGCGGCCGGCGUGCCGACGGACAAGUGGUACUGCGACUGA